AUGAAUCUAUAUACGCCGUUCUGUGCCCUAAUGGCGGAUGCAAUCUUGAAGCUGAAAUUUGGGAACGGGAUCCGACGCAUGUCGGGCCUUCAGGUGAGAAGGCCCAGCAGGAGCGCGUGCUGGGCUAUAUCGAGCGGCUUCGGCAAGAGUCCGAACGUCAAGAUUGCAGCGCAGGCGGCGUUGCCGAGAGACCCAGGGCUCAAGGGUGGCUUUUUGGUGCCACCGACGCUUUUAACUCGACGUCCCGCGGGCGAGUAUGAAAUGUUUGGGCCGGUGGCGACAGUGACGCCAUUUAGCACGGACAAGGCGGCGAUUUCGAUUGUUAAUGAGUCGGAUACAGGCUGA